AUGAGCUCGACGCUAAGCGGUGUGAAACGACCGUGGCUCGACGAGCCCGUUCGGACGGUUUCCAGUGAUGGGCCCCAGUCCGAGGGUCCGGAAGACCUUUCCACAAACUCUGAGCGGAGUUCUUUUUCUGUGUCGCCUUCGCCGUCCGAAACCGCGACCGUGCCCGAGAUCCACUCGACGCCGUUCGACUUGUCCACCAAACGGCAAAGACUAUCGUCAGUGUCAAGUGAUGGUUCACCGACGUUUAGACUACCGCGUACGCCGCUGUCGCCGAAAACUACCCCGAUGAUUCCACCGAUGAUCGCGCCGCUGCUCGAUCCCUGGAACCCGCUUCUGUAUCCGCUCCCAGCGCUCUACUACAGUUCGCUUUGUGCCAAUCUUUCCGCGCAGACGUUCCGACCGCAGAUUCUCACCCACGAAAAGCCUCAGGACGCCGUGGUGCCGUCCUGGGAAACCGUCAGCAGCAACAACAACAACAACAGCAUCAAUGUGCGCUCGCCCACCGGCUCGAACCGUUUCACUUGUGACGACUGCCAGAAAAGUUACUCAACCUUCGCCGGGCUCAGCAAGCACAAGGAAUUCCACUGCGUGAACUCGGCGAGCGGUCGCAAAGAGUUCUGCUGCAAGUACUGCUCCAAGUCGUACGUGUCCAUGGGUGCUCUGAAAAUGCACAUCCGCACCCACACCCUGCCGUGCAAGUGCGACAUCUGCGGGAAAGCCUUCUCGAGACCCUGGCUCCUUCAGGGUCACAUAAGGACCCAUACCGGAGAGAAGCCGUUCGAGUGCGAACAUUGUCAUCGAGCGUUCGCGGAUCGUUCGAACCUCCGCGCCCAUCUGCAAACGCACCAGGAAGUGAAGAAGUAUUCUUGCGCACGCUGCUCCAAGACAUUCAGCCGAAUGUCGCUGCUGCAGAAACACCAGGACAGCAUGUCAUGCGUAGCGUCCCGGAGUGAGAGCAGCCUAUCGUCGAGGUCGUCCAGUUGA